ACUUUCAUAAAAAUGGAAAGCAAGGAUUUCCAAGACUGGGUGGAUAAAUUAAGUUGUCUUCUGAAGAAAAGUCUUGGAAGCCAAGGGAAAGGGAUACUAGUCUCCAGAAGAUCUCCAAGAGAGAUAUUUGUUGUUAAAUCAGGGGCAGAGGUUCUAAAAUUAUACAAGAAAGUAGAUCCUAUCCUCUCAAUCCUCAUUCAAUCCAUACUGAGGCACUGUGAGAAAACAGGAGACGGUGGAAAACGUAUGUUUUUGUUCUCCUCCAAUCUACUCCGAACCCUGGCUAAUGUAUACGGGACCCGGAGAACAGAGAUUAUCUCUGAUAUAAUCGAGGCUAGACAUGUUUUGUAUUCUUGUAGAGAAAUAAUACCCAGAUCAGACCUCGGGUUGGUUGAACUGAAGGAAGCUGUUAACUCCGUUCUCAAGUCUGGGUUCAGAACUAGAUUUCCCAAACAGGUUGCAGGUGUCCUGUUAAACCUUGCAGAGGAGUUUAUCCGUCUCAACCUGGAGAAAUACUCCUACCUGGCAGGAUAUACGACAGGAUUUGAAGAGCUGAUUAGAACCUUUCCAGUUCUUGUUCACCAGGAGUACCUGAACCCUGUAUCAAGGAGUAAGAUCGUACCUGGAGUAGUAUUUAACACUUCCCUCCAGGAUACAAACCUGGAGAAAGGAGAGUUGGGACUCGUCCUCCUCCGGAGACAGGAGGAGGAACAUGUUGUUCUUGAACUGGAGGAGGAUGAACUUGACAUGGUUGAGCUCCAGGUCUGGAUAAGAGCUGGAGAAAUAUCUGAAAACCUACAGAACUCAAAGAUCAAAAUUGUUGUAUACGAAGCAACUAUGUCCCCGAUCCUUAAACAAAGGUUAAGACAGGGAGGGAUCAGGGUUGUGGAGAACAUAGGAAAAGAAGAACUAGGAAUGCUUGCUCAGAUCUUAAAUCUCCUUCCUUGUGACGGGUUGGAUCUGGACAAACUAGGAUCUAUCUCCAGAUUUAGUAGCGAGCCUAUACAACUUGGUGACCGUCCUGCACUAAAUAUCCGGACCCAUCAUUCAUCCUUGAUAAUCUCAGCUCCAAACAAAGAGCUGAGCAGGCAGUAUUCUCAAACCUUUCUGGAUUUACUCCGAACCUGUAGUUUGCUCUGGGGAUCGUAUCCCGGAGUAACUGGAACUCAUGGGGAAGGAGAAAAGCAGGUUGCCAAGGAAUUAUCUAACAUUGCACAGGAAUAUAAAACUCCUAUUCUUGAUUUAGUUUCAAAAAGUAUUCUUUCAUUACAACCUCCACUUGUAAUCAGAGAACCAAAACCUUCAAAUCAGACUCUUUCUACAGAUACUUACUCUGAACCCCUCGGUCUGGUUUGGGAGAUUGUUGACGGUAUCCUGGAGACAAUACAACAGGUUUUAAGGAUACAAGGAGUAUAUCCAACCCGGAGAAAGAUAUCCGACCUGAACCUGAACUCAAGGAGAUUGAGACGUGUCAAACUUUCAGAUUCUGACAGCGAGGAAGAUUAAUAUCAACAUCUAUUUAUGUACUUUAAAAAGAAUGAUAAAAAUUGCAAGCUUCCAAAGUAUCGUAAAAAAACUAUAAAAAAAAACAAAAAGCAGAAAAAACAAGACCUAACUUGGUAAAUUGAAUUGAAUUCAAAGAAUUGAAUUCAUUUAUUUGGUCGAGGCGAUUUUGUAAAAAUGCCUUUUAAAUUGUCAUCAGUAUAGGAAUUUAGUGUUUGCCACUACCUCUGACUUUCUAAUUCUUAUAUCUUUGCAACCCUACUUUGCAGAAGAUAAAAUCUCAAAUAAAUAUCCUUAAAUCUAUUUAAUUAAAAUGUGUUGUUAUCAUUAUUGAAAUUAGGUGGAAAAAAUAAUCAAAUCAGUUAAGAGUUAUUUUCCACCUAACUGCUUUAUACUUGUACUGUUAAAUUAAUUAUCAAGUUGUAAUGUGAAUUC